AUGCACACGCCAUCCAUCCACACGCCCUCGAUACACCGCCCCUCGCUCGACGACUCCGACUCGGACGGCUCCCAGGCCACGCUGCAGCAGCAGCAACAGCAACAGCGCCGCUCUCCCCUGCCCGCCUCGAUACUCUCGCCCUCGUCCGCAAAGUCGCCGACCUCAGCAGACUCGCGCGGCGCCCCAGCGCAAAACUACUCGCGUCCAGGCAUUGUGCGCGAUGCAACACAGAGCCAGAGUCACAUUGGCGCGCAUCUAGGACACCGCCCCCGCCAGCGCUCCCAAGGCUACUUCGAGCCCAGUCUGAGUUCCAUGAAGGAGGGCUCGAUACGGGACCGAGACAACACCAUGGCGUCGCAGACCCAUCUUACCGCCUCGCAGAUUGCCGCCCAGGCCGCAUAUGCCUCGAACCCCCAGCACAAUCGCAAGCGCUCUACCACGAUACCCGCGCCGAACGAAGCUGCGCCUGCGGGACGGGGCCAGCCCAUGAGUCCGCCGCCUGUGCCGGCGCAGGUCACGUUCAGGACGAAUGGCAUCACAUAUUCGAAUGGGGUCGGGGGCGGCAGGAUGGCCGCGACGAGUGCUGCGAACGCGGCUUUUCCACGGAGUCCGCUGAACUCGCCUGGCAUUGAAGGGACACAGCAACCGCACGCGUCGCCUAAAUUAGUGUCGACGCCUGAGCCGCCGCAGCUGCAGAAGCCGAAGGAGGGGAAGAGCAGGAUAGGCGGGAAGCUGUUCUCGUCCAAGCCGAAGAACAUCAAGGUGGACAACCGGUUGGAUGGCAAACAUCAGGCUCUACCGUCGCCGGGCAAGAUUGGCAUUGGCAUUCAUAGCUCGCAGGCGCUGAAUCGCAUGAUGAUGGCGGGGUCGACGACGAGCUUGGUCGAUUCGGCGACAAAUAGCAGUAAUGCUUCCUUGUACUCUUCUGCCAACGCGUCGACAUCCACGCUAGUGCCUCCACGGAAUGAUUCUCUACCCGAGAGGAAAGAAGAGAAGCACAAACACCACUUCUUGUCACGGCAGAAGAACAAGUUGAAAGACCAGGAUGGCUUCGCGCUGCCAUUGUCAUCUGCCAGCAGUAACUCCAAACCUACAAAUCCCAGCGCACCAGAGCCGCUGUAUUCAUUUGCCGCGCCUUCAUCGCCAGGGCAUUCGAGUAGUUUUGCAAAUUCAGUCACCGGCCUGGAUCUCCGGCAUGGAGGACGCCACCUCCGACGAGCGAAGAAGGAAGAGAAGGCCGCCGCAUUUCUAGACGCGCAACUCGAACCCCCAUACCGAGAGCGGAACCAGUCGUUUAGCACCGAGCGCUCAGAAUGGCCGUCUCUAGCUAGCAGCAUAACCACAACCCCCAACAUGAGCACGCCCAGCCAAACCAUCUCUCACACAACAGAGAUGCUACAUCUAGGCAGUUCCUUUGGCAUAAACGGCCUCUCCCCCGACGACGCCUGGCCCCUACUCAAAGCACGAGUACUGUUAAUAUUCGAAGGAGAAGACCCCCGGCCCCCUGUCGAAGAUUUCAACGCCCUAGUAACCGUCCACAUAAAACGCUGCAUCCACAAACGCUCCCCCAUAAUCCUCAUCGAAGACCUAAACGAACUCCUGCAAACCGGCUUCGGCUCUCUGGACCAAACACUCCGCCACGUCCCCGACGACCGCCUCAUCCCACACCUAGUAGAAAUGUGGCUCGUAGUCUUCACCACCAUCCUCCCCUUCCUGCAAGCCGUCUUCCUCCCCCUCGACCUCGAGUUCAGAGGCAGCGGCAUAAUGACGAGUGCCCAGGCAGGCGAGUUCUGGGGCGUUAUGUUGCCUGAUGAGAUGAAUACCAAGAGUCCUGAACAUAGAAAUAUACCUAUCUUGGGCGAGCUAGAGGUUAGGCGGAUUACGCUGCUUAUGUUUAGGGAUAUUGUUAUUUUGCCGCGCCGGGUACUUGGAGUCGACGACGAGUAUGACGAGUUCGACAUUCGCGAACAGUACGAGGAGUAG